CUUUGAGUUUCACUAAACCAAAUUACUUCGGUUAGGAACGAUUGGCGAUGGAAGUAAUGUUGAAGAAAAAUGACUCCAAAUCUGCCCCCAUGUUUAACAGGCAACGGAUUACAUUCGAUCCCCCAGAUCCAAUCAAGUGUGUCUGUGUUUGUAACAAUCAGUUAAUCAUGGCACUAUCCAAGAACACUUUGAUAAGAAUUGAUCUGGACAGGCCUCCAUCUACUGACGAAGUCGAGCUUACAAAGAUACAGAAUGAUUCGGUUGAAAACAUGUUCAUGGACCCCACAGGCAGCCAUGUUAUAAUUGCCAUGUCAUCCACUGACAACAUCUACCUGCCUAAAAAUAGUCGAAAACCCAGAGUACUCACAAAACUGAAGGGCCACAAAAUAACUUCAGUAGCCUGGAAUGUUAAGCAGCAGACAGAAGCCACUACAGGACUUAUUCUUGUUGGAACAUCUAAAGGUGUGCUGUUCGAGUUGGAACUUUUGAGCGGUGAAUCAAAUAAACUAUUUGGGCAGAAUUUCGAGACUUACACUAAAGAAUUAUGCACGUUCGUGAGAGACAAGGCUAACGAUGUGACCGGCCUGUUUUUCAGUGAACUGCCCCAAAAAAAGAGCGAUAAUAAUACUGGUAACAAGAUGUACUUCGUCAUCGUAACUGUGGUCAGUCGAUUAUAUCAACUUGUUGGCCCAAUGACAUCCCAGUCAAGUGAAGGUGGUCCUAGUUUCAGUUGCUUUUUCGAUAAUUAUUCAGGAAGAUUCCAGGACUUUCCAUGUGCGAAGAGUUGCAGCCAGCUGUCGGUAUAUUCGACUAACCACAACAAUCCACCUCAGAGGAUAGCCUGGCUGAUGGACGGCGACGUCUACACCGGACGAAUCAACAUGGCGGCCAGUCCGGGAAUGGACGAUGUUAUCAAAGAUACUAAAUUGAUACCGUACGGCCCCGACAGUAAAAAGCCCAUCCCUAUUUCAAUGGCCAUCACGCAAUUCCACUUCCUAAUCUUGCUGCCUAAUUCGCUAAGGGUGAUCUGCUUGCUGAAUGAGAACCUCGUAGAACAGGAUGCUUACGACGGAAAAUUUGGAGCCUUAAAAGGUGUAACAAUGGAUCCUAUAAAGAGAAUCAUUUGGUCAUUUAGUAGUCGAGCCAUUUUUAAAUACAACGUCGUUGAUGAAAAUCGGGACAUAUGGAAGAUCUAUAUGAAUAUGGGUGAAUUUAAUCUCGCAAAGCAGUAUUGUAAGGACAAUGAUGACCAUUACGAUGAAAUAGUCAACAAGGAAGCUGACCAUCUCUUUAUAAGUGGCAGGUAUGAUGAAUGCGCUUUGGCCUUCGCGAAGAGUAAUCGAUCGUUCGAGGAGGCUACUCUGAAGUUCUCCAACCUCACUGAUAAGAGUCCACUGAAGAAAUUUCUGCUGACCAAACUGGACAUGAUGGGGGAAAAGGUCAUGAUGAUGAUGAUGAUGAUAAUGGUGAUGUGGGUUGUGAUGGUAAUGAUGAUGAUAAUAAUCAGUAAUGAUGAUAACGAAGCUGCUAAUAAGGUUCUUUUUGAUAGAAUGAAGAUGGAGUUUAAAAGGUUCAUGGAAACUGGGAGAUUACAGACACUUAUACGAAUUAAUGCACAACUGAUCUAUGACAUCAUCAAUGGACAAGGUGACGAGUCGGAUUUCAUCUUUUUCGCUUCACUCAUUUCCGAUUAUGAAAGGUUGCUAAGAUUUCACAUUGAAAGAGGGCAGUUCGAACAAGCAUUGAAUGUGCUCAGUAAACAACAGGUAAGCAAAGACAUAAUCUACCACUACUCACCCUACCUUAUACAUCACAUUCCGUCGAAAACCAUUGAUUUCUGGAUAAGCAAAGGGAGCCAAUUGGAGCCGAGAUCUCUACUACCAUCUUUAGUGCAAUACGAAAAAAAUAGUCAUUAUUCUAAGAACAAUGACUCGAUCAGGUACAUUGAAUACUGCAUAGACAGACAGCACUGUCGUGAUCGUUCCGUGCAUAAUUAUUUAGUAUCUUUGUACGCUAAAUACAAUAUGGAGGACAGGCUUAUGGGCUAUCUACUGGAUCAGGGAGAUGAUCCUGAUGCAGUAUGUUACGAUUUGAAAUACGCAUUGAGAGUAUCAUCUGAACAUGGUCUCUACCGAACAUGCAUUCACAUAUUCACCACUAUGCGGCUCUUUGAUGAGGCCGUUGACCUGGCGUUAAUGACAGACGUCGAACUAGCCAGUCAGACGGCCACCAUUCCAGACGACGACGACGAGUUGCGCCGGAAGUUGUGGCUAAAAAUAGCUCGUCACGUGGUCGAAAAGGAGGGCGAUAUUGAGAAGACAAUGGGCGUGGUGGAACGUGGUGGUAACCUGAUCAACAUUCAAGAUGUCCUCCCUCUGUUCCCGGAUUUCGUCACUAUUGACCAUUUUAAGGACGCCAUAUGCACAUCUCUGAAAAACUACAACGACGAAAUCGAAGAAAUCAAAAAAGGCAUGGAUGAGGCCACUGACAACGCCCAAGAAAUUAGGGACAAGAUGGCGGCUUUUAAAAAUAGAUGCACCAAGAUUAGCAAAUCCGACAAAUGCGAGUCAUGUGACUUUCCAUUAACGUUGAGAGAUUUCUACGUGUUUCCGUGUAGACAUGCUUUCCAUAUGGAGUGUUUGCUUAAUGAGUCCUGGCAGCAUCUAUCGAAGCACCAAAGAAAUCAAAUAACCGAGUUGCAGAGAAGGAUAGCUUCACUUAUCAUGGAGAAACACCAGCAUCAACUAUCUCCGGCCAAGACGAAGGAAAUGACGUCAUUAAAAAAAGAGAUGGACGCAUUGCUGGCUUCGGAGUGCAUUUACUGCGGGACAUUCAUGAUAGAGUGCAUAGAUAAACCAUUCAUCGACAAGGAUCAGUACGAUUCCGUGGUUCAGAGCUGGUUAUGACGUAAUCAUUGACGUCACUAUCAUCAUUUACGUCACCAUCAUCUCCACUUUCGUCACCAUCGUCAAAAACAUAAUAUAGACAAUUAAAACAAUCACCAUCGUGACGUCAUCAUUGUUUAAAUCAUCAUCGUCAUCAUCAUCGUCGUCGUCGUCUACUUGUCAAACAUGUGACUUUCAAUCCUUUUCAUGCGUACUUACGAUUAUGACUGGUUGGCUUUAGUGAAGAGUUCGUUUUGCUAUCAUUUAUUACCACAAUACUACUUGUAUCAAUUAAGUUUUAAAUAAGAUACCCGUUCAAUAGUAGCCAUAAUAAUAAUAGAUAAUAAUAAUAAAAUAAACAAAUAAAAAUUACAAAAAUAAAAUCUACUAGCCAGUGGCGGACGACAAAGAACAAUAAACACACAACAUGAAAUUGUAAGCAUAGACCCGAAUAUAUAUAUAUAUAUAUAUAUAUAUAUAUCUGAACAGACGUGUGUCUUGGAUUGGAAGUGGAAUUAAUUGUAUGGCGGGAAAAUAAUCUUGUGUGAAGCAAUUCACGUAUGCAUGAAUGAAUGGAGCAAUUCACGUUUGUAUGAAUGAAUGAGUGAAUGUAUGAAUGGAUUACGAUAACUAAUUAUAAUUAAUCAACAUAAUUAUCAGUGGAAUGUUCAUUAUAUAUAUAUAUAUAUAUAUAUAUAUAAUCUAUAAUCACACAAUUUAAAAUAUGCUGUUUCAACAAAAGUAUAAAAUAUGUGUAAUAAAAACAAUUUAAAAAAUAUAUAUAUAUAUAUAUUUAAGACUUUUAAAAUGAGUACAUGAUUGUAUAUAUGUAUAAUUAGACAAAUAAUAUAUAUAUAUAUAUAUAGAUAUAUAUUAUAUAGAUUGAUAAAUAUACAUUAUAAAUAGCUUACCUUAUGCUAAGGGCACUUAUUUAAUUAAUUAAAUACUAAGUCUAUCGUAUCAUUGAUUUGUUUAAAAGAAAAUUGGCAGUCACCAAAAUAAUGUUGAGUAGGUGAAGCGGAAAUUAAAUUAAAAUCAUUAAAAAAAUAUAUAUGUAUGUAAAAUUAUUUAAUGAUUAAAACAU